AUGCCAAAUAUCGUAGUUGUGGGUGCGGGAGUGUCUGGAUUGACCACCGCUUUGCUCCUAUCACAGAAUCCCGCCUUCAAGGUCACCAUCGUUGCGAAGCAUAUGCCAGGAGAUUACGACAUUGAGUAUACAUCUCCAUGGGCCGGUGCAAAUUAUCUUCCGGUUUCAAAUGAAUCAAACUGUAGAUGGGAGAAGCGGACAUGGUAUGAACUUGCAAGGCUCGCGAAAGAUGUCCCAGAAGCUGGAAUUCAUUUUCAAAACACUGUGGUUUUGAACCGCAAAAAGGAUGCGCAGGGAACUAUUGGUCAAUGGUUCAAUGAGCUGCUUUCCACAGACCCUUGGUUCAAAGAUGUCGUUCCUGAUUUCCGUGUUCUACCGCAGAAUGAGAUACCUUCUGGAGCGGAUAGUGGAACUGCAUUCACAUCUGUUUGUAUCAACACCCCAGUCUACCUAUCCUACCUCGUGGGUCAAUGUCUAAAGAACGGAGUUGUACUGGAACGAAGCAUCAUCAACCAUAUUUCAGAAGCCGCCGGUUUACACCACUCUGGUGACAAAGCCGACGUAAUUGUAAACUGCACUGGUCUCCUGGCCUCGAAACUGGGCGGUGUUAUGGACAAAGAUGUCAUUCCUGUUCGAGGUCAAAUCGUUCUCGUUCGUAAUGAUCCCGGUGUUAUGUUUACAAUUUCCGGUACGGACGAUGGAGAUGAUGAGUUAUGUUACAUCAUGCAGCGCGCAGCGGGUGGAGGAACGAUUUUAGGAGGUACAUAUCAAAAAGGGAAUUUUGAAUCCCAACCAUGCCCCAACCAAGCUAUACGGAUCAUGAAGCGAGCUGUGGAAUUAUGUCCAGCUUUGACGAAUGGGAAGGGUAUUGAGGCUUUGAGUGUUAUUCGCCAUGGAGUGGGAUUAAGGCCUUUGAGGCUGAGUGGGGUUCGAAUCGAAAAGGAGAAAAUUGAUUCUACAUGGGUGGUUCAUAAUUACGGACACGGAGGUUGGGGAUACCAGGGCUCAUAUGGAUGUUCGGAGGGAACUGUAGAGCUUGUUGAGGAUGUUUUGAAAAAUGAGUCGAAGAUUUAA